CUCAGUCGCGUAGUCCUACUUUCCUUUUCCAAAUCCUGUGAGCAGACCGAGAACUUCAAAGAGUCAGAUUGUUUUCAAGCAAGUACGAUGGCUUCUUCUUCUCUAGUAAGGUAUGAUGUUUUUCUUAGCUUUAGAGGUGAGGAUACCCGUGAUGGCUUCACGAGCCACCUGAAUGCAGCUUUGUGUAGGAGAAAGAUUGAAACUUUCAUCGAUUACGAACUUAAAAAAGGAGAUGAGAUUUCACCCUCUCUUUCCUGGGCAAUUGAAGGUUCAAUGAUUUCAAUUAUCGUUUUCUCUCAACGCUAUGCUUCUUCUAGAUGGUGCCUCGAAGAACUUGUAAAGAUCCUCGAUUGCAAGAAAAUGAACGGUCAGAUUGUUAUACCAGUUUUCUAUCGUAUAGAUCCAUCAGAUGUAAGGAAGCAAACGGGGAAUUUCGGAGAUGCAUUUGCUGAUCAUGAAGAACGAUAUAGGGACAGACCAGAGAUGUUGCAGAGAUGGAGAAAUGCAUUGACGGAAGUCGCCAAUCUGUCUGGCUUUGAUUCAAAUGCCAUCAGGUGAAUUCUUUUGCUUUGAUAUUGUUUUCAGUUUUCGGGUUUCUAAUUUUUAAUUUUUAAUUUUUAUUUAUGGACCUCUAAACGCAUAUUUC